UCUUCAUAUUCUCAUAAUUAUUUCCUUUUACAGAUAGAGCAAAGCAUAUUAUACAAUACAAGAUAAUCCCUCAAAGACAUGCUCACCUCUCAUCACCGUCCUAAACAUUUCCUUCUCUUUAACUCCUCUCCAUCACCAAAUUUCUCAGCUGCUUCUCUAAUAACUAUCUCUCUCAUCUCCUUCUUGUUAUUCUUCAGAUUGAUCUCUCUUCUUGCUCCUCGCUCCAAAGGAUAGAGUUUCAGUUUCUUUAUUAUUUGAUCAUCAUAAUAUUGUUUUGCUUUUUGUUUUAGGGUUCUUGAGUUGAUCUUCAGGUAUAUUAAUUAAGAACAUACGCAUGGGGUUAAGUUCUAAACAAGUUUCUCGUGAUGGAUUUGGUUGGAGCCAGGCUUUGUUGCAAACUCAAACCUUAGAGCUCCCGAAGCCUGCGUCACUGAAGCGGCAACACCCACAAAAUCAGCAGCAGGCAGACCCAUUGAAGUGUCCGAGGUGUGAUUCCACAAACACAAAAUUUUGUUACUAUAAUAACUACAACAAGUCACAGCCUAGGCACUUUUGUAAAACCUGCAAGAGGCACUGGACUAAAGGUGGCACUCUCCGCAAUGUUCCUGUUGGUGGUGGCCGCAAAAACAAGCGUCUCAAAACUUCAAACAACGCCACCAACAACACCACUACAAGCACCACCGCAACAACUGCCACUGGCAGUAUCAACAAUAGGGUUUAUAAUACCCAACUGGCAAUUCAAUGUCAGCAGCCUAGAGAGAACCUUUCUUUUGCAAUUGAUGAUCAGAAGAACUUGUCUGGCAUGCUUUAUCAAGCGUUGCUUCGUCCUCCAUCUACACUCUUUCAACAAGAUCUUGUCAACUCUGGCAACUUGGACGUUAAAGAUAUGAGCCCCAACAAUAGUGUUUUUAUUGGUUCAAGUGUUUCUAUGGCGCCUCAAAAUCAAAGCUUGCACCUUCCUUAUGCAAGCUCAAGUUCUUUUGAUACAACACAAUCUUCAAUAUCAACCUCUUUUCAAUCCUCAAAUGUUUAUAAAUACCCAGGAGAAACCAUGGAGGAUCCAACCAUGCCAACCACAAGCACCAGAGUCACGCAGCCAUGGGCUCAAACAGCAACUACAAGCAGUGGAAUGGACAUGGGAAAUUACUGGAACUGGGAUGACAUUGACACGUUAGUCUCUACUGAUCUCAACAUAUCGUGGGAUGAUUCUGAUAUCAAACCGUAAUUAACUAUAUAUUAGUAGUGUCUCUAGAUCUUUUUCUUCAUGAGUUGGGGUGUUUGUGUUUUUGUUAGAGGAUCAAUGAGUCUAUUUUCUUUAGGUUAAUUAAUUAAUCAUAAAAUGUACAGUCAUAUCUCUCAACCUUAUGUAACUGUUAAAUGAGAUGUAGACUGAUAGAAGCUGCCCUUUUUUUAUUAAAGAAUUAGUGUCUCCAUUUGUCAUUUGUGUGAGACUCUCUCUUGUUUCUUCCGAGAAAAAAAGAAAAAAGAAAGAAUGUAAAGACAGGUUAGGGAGAGUUGUCGACUCUAUGAUAUAGAAUUAAAGUGAUAUAAUUGUGACCACAUUUCAAAGGCAUAUGAGAGUUGGAUUUUUACAGCCAGGGGGUGAGUGGUGAUAGUAGAUGUGAUGGAAGAUUCUUGUGGACAUGUAUAUUUGAUUUUGGAUAUCUGAAUAAUAUUGUAUUCCAUAGGAUUUGUUUGCUCAUA